AUGAGCAACCCAUUCCCAAACUUCAACCCACUUGGCAACCGCGGCCCCGGUGGACCCGUCUUCCAAGACCCGUUCAUCGCCGCCGUAGCUGGUAUGCCCCAGUACCAGCAGAACAACCGCGGUCACCAGCACCACCACCACCCGCACCACCACCACCACCACCAGCCUCACUACCACUCGCACCCCACCUGCAGCUGCAGCAUGGGCGCCUGCCUCUCCAAGCCCCCGCCGCCGCCCCCCAAGAGCUACCUCCACGACCCUUUCAACGGCUUCUACGGCGGCGGCCGCGAGCUCCCCUCGGGUUGGGGUGGCACCAACCGCCCCUCUGAGGACAGCAGCAGGACGUCGUCGACGGGAGCGACCGUCGGCGGCGAGACUACCAGGCCUGCGUUUGUCCCCGGCAUGACGCCUCCCAAGUCCCCUGGUCGCACCGUGCGCUUCGACCUUCCGAGCGAGAACGCUCCUUCCCAGCGCAACAAUGGCCUCCCCUUCACUCCAGAGGACCCGUUCCCUCCCCGCCCAGGCAGUGCGCAGUCGCAGCCCCAGUACGCCCCCAACCUGUCGUUCGAGCCUCUCGACCCCUUCCCGCCGCGCUCGCAGCCUGGCGGGAAGAAGUCUGCCCGCGACCCACUCUCGGGGUGGUUGUCGAAUACUAUCGACCGCGCGGCUUUUAUCCGCUCCAGGCUUGAGGAGAUGACGUCCGCCGUCGCCCCGUACGCCGAAGCGCGUACUCUCGACUUUGUCAAGCAGCUGUGCGCCAAGCCCGACACGUGCGCCAUUGUUGUCGAGGUUUUCAAGUCGCAGAUCACCCUCGGCGGGAUCCAGGCGACCAAGGCGGUGUGGUAUCUUCCUGCUCUUACCGUCCCUGCCAUUGCCCAGUUCGUCCCCGAACUCACCAAGCUGCUGAAGGAUGCCGAGGAGUGGUACGCGGAGACGGUGGCCGCGCUCCGCGACCGCGCCGUUGCGGCGCAGGCGGCUGUGGCGAACAAUGACGAGGCCAACUUCAACCACUACCUCGCUGCGGUUGGCCGCGCCCCGCAGCGCGGCCGCGGGGGUCGCCAGAGCUACGGCGGAUACCACUUCCACGGCCAGUACGCGCCGAUGCCCGGUGCGUACCCGUGGAUGUGA